AUGGCGGCAGAGGGAGCGCAGCGUGUGGGAUCCGUUGCAGCGCGAUCGCAAGGCAGCUGCUGGCCCCCGCUGGACUCCCUACCCUGUUCGCUUCCUGCUCUCCACCUCCCUUGUGAGCUUCCUGCUCUCCACCUCCCUUGUGAGCUUCCUGCUCUCCACCUCCCUUGUGAGCUUCCUGCUCUCCACCUCCCUUGUAGCAGAGAUGCGGGGGGGCAUGGCAGUGCUGUCAGACCUACUUUCUUAUCUUGCCCCUCUAAUCUCUCCCUGCAGGUGGCGGAGAUGUGGGGGGGCAUGGCAGUGCUGUCACACGCCUCCACAGGCACCACCAUUCUGCUGGCGCUGCCCCUGGGGGGAGGGGAGGACGCUGACGGCAGAGGGGAGGACGUCGGCAGCAGAGGGGAGGACGCCGGCAGCAGCAGAGGAGGUGGGGAGGGGAGUGGGGAGGAAGUUGGGAAAUUAUCGGCGGUGGCUGAGGAGCAAGAAAGCGGAUCGCAAACAGCAGCACGGCCGGCAGCAGGGGCGCGAGCGCUGGUGCAUGCGCACACGUUUCCGCAAGCGGAGAUGGAAAGGGGCGGGGUGGGGGAGGCGGAGCGGGUGGUGCGGGGGGUGGUGGCGGGGCGGGGGGUGGCGGUGGUGGAUGACAACGCGGUGAACCGCAUGGUGGUGCGCAGAACGCUGCAGGGCUACGGGGCGCGCGUGCUGCUGCUCCCCUCCGGGGAGGACGCGCUGCAAGCGCUCUCCUCUGCCACGCCCUCCCCGCCCAUCCACGUGCUGCUCCUCGACCUCCACAUGCCGCCCGGCAUCGACGGGUCCGUGCCUCUCACCUCUUCUCUGUGCUGCGACCUAACCCUGCAGCAGAGAGUGCUGCUGCAAGCUCCUGUGCCACUAUCGGCUUCCUAG